UGCUCAGGUCCGCCUCCUGUCAGCGCGGCUGCAGCUGCAGAUGCCGGCUGCUCUCUCACAGGGUGCACACUUUCUCUGCACUCCAAAUUAGCCUGCAUUUACUGUGACAAUGAACAAGAUGGCAUCGCGCUAUAAAGCUUAGUCUCACUAUCUGAUGCCUCUCCGGGAUACACCUCUCUAAUUUUGGAGCCAGAAGGAGGCUAUGAAAUUGUCUUGGCAGCUAAAUUAAUUUGUGACAGGCUGUGCCUGCUUGCAUACUUGCAACAUUAUUUCUCAUUCUUGCGCUCUGUGAGCCUCGCAACAUGUAUAAGUUAUGCAUUGUCUUCGCAAUGUGCUGUGCGUUUUUUCCAUGGAGCUCUGCAGCGCCAAAGACCUUGGUUGCAGAUCCCAGGUCAGAAUUUGAGAGCGAAGCUGAGCAAGAUGACAAGCUGCAGGAGGAGAUAGAUGGCCAGGAGAGCAUCCUCUCUAAGCUGCUGGGUGAUUAUGACAAAGUGAAAGCCCUCUCGGAAGGCUCUGACUGUCGGUGUAAAUGUGUUGUCAGACCCCUGAGCAGAAGCGCCUGCCGGCGGAUAGAAGAAGGGAGCGCCACUGCGCAGGACUUCUACACUGUGGAAACUAUCACAUCUGGACCAGAAUGCAAGUGCGCCUGUAUCGCUCCUCCGUCAGCAGUCAACCCCUGCGAGGGAGAGUUCAGGCUGAAAAAACUUAGGGAAGCUGGAAACGAGAAUGUCAAGCUAUCCACCAUCCUCGAGCUGCUGGAGGGCUCCUUCUAUGGUAUGGAUCUACUGAAGCUGCACUCCGUUACCAAUAGGCUGCUGGAUCGCAUGGAUAACAUUGAAAAGGCCGUGUCUCUGAACUACACCAAGGAUGAGGUGAAGCCCCAGGAGAGCCCUCUGAUCCUGGUGGAUGCGACUGAAAGCCCACACACCCCUCCUCCGCUACAGCAUCAGGACCAGACGAGACUCAGUGGGGCUGCAGUUUUUAAAGACCCAGAUGAAAAGUAUGAGGAGAAGUUUAUUGGGGAAAGUCCGUCCUUCCUACACACAGAUGGUUCUGCUCAGUUCAUUGAGGUCAAACCUCAGGUGACUCUCAAAAACGUGGCCAACAAAGAGGCUUCUCAGGUGUCAAAGACCGGCCCCAACGGGAUGAUCAUCAGAGGAAUGACUUUUUAUAAAUCUGAGCCAGAUCCGAUGGUGGCGGACGACGGGGAGCCUGGAGAGAACUUUUUCGAGUAUCAUGGAUUCAGUGGUGAUGGCCCCAACAAUUUUCUUAUUGAAGAGAAUCUUUUACAACACAGAGCCCCUCGCCCCAGGAUGAGGGCAGGACCAAGAUCAUUUCGACCAAAAACAACAGGUCCUUUGAACGGCUCAACAAAGACCAACCACUCAACAAAACCGAAAGAAAAUAAACCCACCUCAGACACCCAUAAUGACUUCAUCAGUACCACUGGAACUACAUCAGUGGAUGUGUCUACAGAUCUACAGAGAGACGCAUUCACAACAAGCAUCACGAAUGGACCAACCACUACAAUACAAAAUAACAGCGUCACUGACACUCCACCUCAGACGACUCAAAGAGUCACUGCUGGAACCACUCAGGGGCCAAACUCUUUCACAACGGCUUCAUUUAGUAUCACUGCCGAGGAAACAACCAAAUCUGUAAUGAAAACAACCCAACCUUCUGAAAAUACAGCCACAAAGGAAGUCCUGCCAGCAUUCACAACAACAAAUGCAUCAACCACUGUAAUGGAAACUUCUACACAGGGGGUAAAAGACCAAAUGCAAACCAUAUCUAGCGCUGCAGCUUAUUCAAGCACACAUGCACCAAACCCAGAGUCAGAGUCUCCAACUACCGGCCUGACUUCCACUACAACCAUCAUGACCCAUGUUGCCCCCACCUCAGAACCAGUACACCUGACAACUUCCACACCAGCUACCUCCACACAGGCUGCUACCACAACACCAGAAGAAAAAUCCACCAUUUCAAGGUCCACUUUGCCUCCUACCACACAGAGACUGGUCACUUUGUCUCCCCUCACUUCUCCAUCUGUCACCACACCUUUGACUACCUCGUCUUCAGCUGCCACCACCACUGCUACAACCACCACCGCUACAACCACCACCGCCACAACCACCACCGCCACAACCACCACCACCACCACCACCACCACCACACAGGCUGCCCGAGUCAAAAAGAAAUACAAAAUCAUCUGGGAAGAGGAAAAUGGCGAGGAGGGAGACCCGGAAUUAGAUGAGCCAAUGCAAAGGCAGGAGGUCUCCCCAAGAAAACCUGGGGAGUGUAAGGACACUUUGGCAACAAUCUCCGAGCCUGUAACUCACAACACCUAUGGCAGGAACGAGGGAGCAUGGAUGAAGGAUCCAAAGUCUGAUAAUAACAAAAUUUACGUCACUAACUUCUACUAUGGAAAUAACCUCCUGGAGUUCCGCAACCUGGAGGUUUUUAAACAAGGCCGAUUUACAAAUUCAUACAAGCUUCCUUACAACUGGAUCGGCACAGGCCACGUGGUCUACGAUGGGGCUUUCUACUACAACCGUGCGCUCUCCAGGGACGUCAUCAAGUUUGACCUGCGUCGGCGUUACGUGGCAGCCUGGACCAUGCUGCACGACGCUCUGGUCGAAGAGUCAUCGUCCCUGUGGGAGUGGCGCAGACACUCAGAGGUCGACUUUGCCGUGGAUGAGAGCGGCCUGUGGAUCAUCUACCCGGCGCUGGACGAUGAGGGCUUCUUACAGGAAGUGAUUGUUCUGAGUCGACUGAACCCGUCAGACCUCAGCAUGCAGAGGGAGACCACCUGGAGAACCGGGCUCAGGAGGAACCACUAUGGGAACUGCUUCAUUAUAUGUGGCGUCUUGUACGCUGUUGACAGCUACAACAAAAAGGACGCCAACCUGGAAUACGCCUUUGACACUCACACGAACACUCAAAUGAUUCCCAGGAUGCCCUUCACCAACAAUUACACCUACACCACACAGAUUGACUACAAUCCCAAAGAGAGUGUUUUGUACGCUUGGGACAAUGGACACCAAGUUACAUACAACAUUAAGUUUGCCCUUUUUGACCCUUAGUGAGGGUUUGACAGUAGUUAUUUUUAAAAAGUUAAUUCUAUGGUUUGAAUGGAUUGUAGAUCAGUCCACAUGGCCCUCAGUAUGGCAAUAAAUGGGGGCCACAUGUACAAAUAUACUUAAGUGUAUUGUGACUACAUUGUUUGGUUCUUAUCAAGAAUUUUUAAUUUUUUUAUGUAAGAAACGAUGAGCCUAAUUCCUCAGUCAACACAUCAAGUUGUACUGUAUAUAUUGCAAAUCUGUAAAAAUAAAAAGCCCUAUGAGAUGAAUGAAUGUAGAAAGGUGUCAGAACCAGUUCAUAUCCAAUAACAAUAAGACUAUACAUAAAGGAACAAAUUCAUACAAGCUUACUUUUUGAACAGAUCCCCAGAUUAUGUGGAGAAAUUAAAUUUUUCUGUUUUAUACACAUUGUUUUGUAUUACAUUUUUCUUUGCAUCAUAUGCCACAGGUGAUAUCGCAGGUGUUGCUGUUGACCUCUGUCUUGUGAAAGCACUUACUCCCUCCAUAUCAGACUGUUUUGAGGAGACUGCAAUAAAGUUCAGAAAUACUACCAAAAAAA